AAGGAAGUAAAGCACGAUGCGGACACGCUAUGGCAACCGCCGGGGAAGCAGGAUAGAAAGUUGCUGCUUUGUCUCAGGGAAAUGAUCUGCAGGAUUCUUUUUCACCAAUGUAACAAAUGAAAACAAUGGGCAGAUGAUAUCAGUUAAACUGCAUUUGGCAGCUAACUGUCAGACAGCAAACAACUACGUAAGCAACUGCAAUCCAAACUGCAAGGAUUUUUACUAUUCCAGGCAUUGAGAAUUAUGUGCAGUGCCUGAGUACUCCGAGUAACUACAGUUUCUAUGUAGAUUUAUAAUAAUGUCUGUUAAUGCCACAGAGAGUGACAUUCCUAGAUUUUUUGUGGGCGGUGAAGAUGGGGAAGAACUUUUGGAUUGUGCCAGAUCUUCCGAUUUUGUCUCCUUCUACGAUCCUGAGGAUGAUGAUGAAGAGUAUGAUUCUCCACCAGAAAGACAGAUCAUGGUUGGAAUAUGUUCUAUGGCAAAAAAAUCAAAAUCAAAACCAAUGAAUGAAAUCCUUGAACGGCUUUCCAUGUUUAAAUAUAUCACAGUGGUGAUAUUUGAAGAAGAUGUCAUUUUGAAUGAAGCGGUAGAAAACUGGCCUUUAUGUGAUUGUCUCAUUUCUUUUCAUUCUAAAGGAUUUCCAUUGGACAAAGCAGUUGCCUAUUCUAAACUCAGGAAUCCAUUUGUUAUUAAUGAUUUGAAUAUGCAGUAUCAUAUACAAGACAGGAGAGAAGUUUAUGGCAUCCUUAAAGAUGAAGGCAUUUUACUUCCUCGUUAUGCAGUCCUAAACAGGGAUCCAAACAAUCCCCAAGAAUGCAAUUUGAUUGAAGGAGAAGAUCAUGUGGAAGUGAAUGGAGAAGUUUUCCAAAAGCCAUUUGUGGAAAAACCAGUUAGUGCAGAGGACCACAACGUGUAUAUUUAUUAUCCAACAUCUGCUGGUGGGGGAAGUCAGAGGCUCUUUCGGAAAAUUGGUAGUAGAAGCAGUGUUUACUCUCCUGAAAGCAACGUGAGAAAAACUGGUUCAUACAUCUAUGAGGAAUUCAUGCCUACAGAUGGUACUGAUGUGAAGGUGUACACUGUAGGUCCAGAUUAUGCACAUGCAGAAGCACGUAAAUCCCCUGCUCUGGAUGGCAAGGUGGAACGGGAUAGUGAAGGCAAAGAAGUGAGGUAUCCAGUGAUACUUAAUGCACGGGAAAAGCUAAUAGCUUGGAAAGUAUGCCUAGCUUUUAAGCAAACAGUUUGUGGAUUUGACUUGUUGCGUGCAAAUGGGCAGUCCUAUGUCUGUGAUGUCAAUGGCUUCAGUUUUGUGAAGAAUUCAAUGAAAUAUUAUGAUGAUUGCGCUAAAAUCCUUGGAAAUAUGGUUAUGAGAGAACUUGCUCCACAAUUUCGGAUCCCUUGGUCUAUACCUUUGGAAGCAGAAGAUAUUCCUAUUGUGCCAACCACCUCAGGAACAAUGAUGGAGCUUAGAUGUGUCAUUGCUGUAAUACGGCAUGGAGAUCGGACACCAAAGCAAAAAAUGAAAAUGGAAGUUAAACACCAAAAAUUUUUUGAUCUUUUUGAAAAAUGCAAUGGAUAUAAAUCUGGGAAGUUAAAGUUGAAGAAACCAAGGCAGCUACAGGAAGUACUUGAUAUUGCAAGACAGCUCUUAAUUGAGCUAGGACAGAAUAAUGACUCUGAAAUAGAAGAAAACAAAUCUAAACUUGAACAGUUAAAGACUGUAUUGGAGAUGUAUGGACAUUUUUCUGGCAUAAAUCGCAAAGUACAACUGACAUAUCUUCCUCAUGGUUGUCCUAAAACAUCUAGUGAAGAAGAAGAUAACCGCAAACAAGAGCCAUCUCUACUCUUAGUUCUCAAAUGGGGAGGAGAAUUGACACCUGCAGGCAGAGUUCAGGCAGAGGAACUAGGAAGAGCUUUCCGAUGUAUGUAUCCAGGUGGACAAGGUGACUAUGCUGGAUUUCCAGGAUGUGGCCUACUUAGAUUGCAUAGUACUUAUCGGCAUGAUCUCAAAAUCUAUGCAUCUGAUGAAGGAAGAGUUCAAAUGACAGCUGCAGCUUUUGCAAAGGGUUUGUUGGCAUUGGAAGGGGAACUCACACCUAUACUUGUGCAGAUGGUCAAAAGUGCUAAUAUGAAUGGUCUAUUGGACAGUGACAGUGACUCUCUUAGCAGUUGUCAACAUCGGGUGAAGGCACGCCUUAAUGAAAUUCUCCAAAGAGAUAGAGACUUUACUUCUGAAGACUAUGAAAAGCUGACACCAUCUGGCAGUGUUUCUCUGAUAAAAUCAAUGCAAGUGAUAAAAAAUCCUAUUAAGACAUGUGAUAAGGUAUAUUCUUUAAUCCAGAGUUUGACGUCUCAAAUCAAACAACGAAUGGAAGAUCCUAAAUUUGCAGAUAUUCAACUUUAUCAUAGUGAAACAUUGGACCUAAUGUUGCGUAGGUGGGCCAAGCUUGAAAAAGACUUUAAAACAAAGAAUGGAAAAUAUGAUAUAAGUAAAAUCCCAGAUAUCUAUGACUGCAUAAAAUAUGAUGUUCAGCAUAAUGUCUCUUUAAAGCUAGAAAAUACAAUGGAAUUAUACAGACUGUCAAAGGCUUUGGCUGACAUUGUGAUCCCUCAGGAAUAUGGUAUUACUGAGGCUGAAAAACUAGAGAUUGCUAAAGGUUACUGCAAUCCACUAUUGAGGAAAAUUCGGUCUGAUCUUCAGAGGACUCAGGAUGAUGAUACUGUUAACAAACUCCAUCCUUUGUAUUCUAGUGGGGUUAUGUCUCCUGAACGUCAUGUCCGAACUAGGCUGUACUUCACCAGUGAGAGUCAUGUCCAUUCUUUGCUUUCAACUCUUCGCUAUGGUUCUUUAUGUGAUGCAUCAAAAGAUGAACAGUGGAAAAGAGCUAUGGAUUAUCUCAAUGUUGUCAGUGAACUCAAUUACAUGACCCAAAUAGUUAUCAUGCUGUAUGAAGAUCCAAAUAAGGAGGUUUCGUCAGAAGAACGCUUCCACGUGGAGUUACAUUUUAGUCCAGGAGCUAAAGGCUGUGAAGAAGAUAAAAACUUACCAUCAGGUUUUGGUUACAGACCUGCUUCACGGGAGAACGAUGAUUCAAAACAAACAUCCCGUAGAAAUGAGAAUGAUGAGGACCCCCAUGCUUAUAAAAGAGAUGAAACUGAUCGUUCAGUAAUGAUGUUCAAGCCAAUGGUGUCAGAUCCAAUUCAUAUACACAGGAAGUCACCCCUUUCAAGACCCAGGAAAAUGGGUUCAGCAGAAGAAGAGAGCCCCCUGAGUGUGUCUAGCCCAGAGUGGCUGCAUUAUACCAGUGGUGUGGGUACUGGGCGUCGAAGACGCAGAUCAGGGGAACAAAUCACUUCUUCCCCUGUCUCCCCUAAAUCAUUGGCUUUCACAUCCAGUAUUUUUGGCUCAUGGCAACAGGCACCAUCAGAAAAUAAUAGUCUUUUUCGACCUCCAAGAACAAUUGUGGAGCAAAAGACCAGUACUAUAGGGUCUCACUGUGCGAGCCUGUUUAGCACCUCAGUGCUCGGGGGGUCUUCAAGUGCACCUAAUCUACAGGAUUAUGCUCGUACUCAUCGUAAAAAGCUGACUUCUUCUGCCUGCAUAGAUGACACCACACGUGGUUCUGCUGUUAAAAGGUUUUCUAUCACAUUUGCUCGACACCCAACCAAUGGCUUUGAAUUAUAUUCCAUGGUGCCUUCAAUUUGUCCUCUAGAAACUCUCCAUAACUCCUUGUCUUUAAAGCAAGUGGAUGAAUUUCUUGCCUCAAUUACAGCCUCAACCUCGUGUGAAAAUUUUCCACAUACAUCUACAGCUUCCUUUCGUUCUCCGUCAUUUAUUGAAUCCAUUACAGAAAGAAAGUGUUCUUUAAAUACAUAUACCCCUGCUAAAAUCCAACCAACAACAUUUGAAGACUUUGCAGGGCGGAGAUCUGUUGAGCGAAGCCCCUCAGAUGCCACUUGCUCUUCAGUUCCUGAUAUUUGACUGUACCAUUAGAAGACAAAAAGGAUUUAAAUAAUACUAGUGUGAUGUUAGUAGUAAAAUGCUUUCUGAAAAGAAACUAAGCACUUCAGUCAAAACUUGAAGGAACACUUCAUUGCCUCUUCUAUAACGAACAAAUCCUUAAAGAAAAAGGCAGUUUUUGAAAUCAUAUUUGCCAUACAGAGUGUGUUUCACUGUAUAUAAAAUAAUUUCUGGAAUGUAUAAGUUGUAUAUUUUCAGGUUGAAGGUGACUUCCUUUCUAAAAUAUAAAAAGCAACAAAGUUUACACUUGUAAUUUUAAGGUACUGAUAUCUUAAAUAUAAAAACUGCACAAAAUAUUUUCAUCAUUGUUGUCUAAAAUAUGCACACAAUGCAAAACCAAAACAGCCUAGCAUAGUAGUUUGUAUUGCAGACAUAGCUAGAAAGGGAGAGAAGACAAGAAAGAUUUUUAAAAGGCCAUUAUUUGGAGAUAGAUUUACAAUAGGCCUUUUAAAAGUUUACAAUAAGCCUUUUUUUCAUUACCAAGAAAUAUUAACAUGGCUCUGGUUAAUGGCUACUUUUCUGAAUACUGAUCCCUAAACUAGAAUUUAGCAACUUUCUGGUACACAUGCAUGUUGUUUGACUUACAGAUGAAAACUGUUUAGGUUCUCGGACUUGGAAAAUGCAAGAAAAAUUGAACAACCUGCUGUAGAAACUAAUACUCUAAAGCUAAUGUGUCAUAUAUUUGGAGUCAUGUAAGGACUAAUAGCAUCUAUAUAAUAUUGUACAAUUGUAUCGUUAAAAGUUAAAUUUGGUUUCAGUUCACAGAUCAGCUUCACUGAAGAUUUAUUCUAACAAAAAGAAAACAUUUUUAAUGCUAAUGUAUUUUAUUUCAAUUAUUUUCUGUCAGCAGCAGUUGUAUAGGGAACAAAACCUUGGUGUUAACUCCAUUCUGUUCAGUCUUUCAUCUGUCAAAUGCAAGGUUUAGACUUUAACCUCUCUCCAUGCUUCAAUUUAAAUAUGGUUUCUGGAAGUAUUGCAUCCUUUUCUAUUAUAUUGGGGUACCUCUAGUGAGAUUUCUUAGCUAAAGUUGCACUGUCCAAACCUGUGCUCAGUCUUGGUAUUGAAGUACCUCUUUCCUAUUUGAAUAUGAGGCAUUUUGGGAGUCAGUCAUGGGCAAUAUAUACAUGAUUUACCACAUUGUUUGUUUACAUCAGUAUCUAGAAUUUGUACAAGUUUAUUCUAACCUAUGCUUUAGUAUAGGGCAUGAAUUAAUUUUGAUUACAUUAUUUAUGAAUUUAUUUCUUGUUUACAUACUCUCCAAAGGUUCUUUUUUUAAAAAAAAUAUUUGCAACACAGGUUUCUGCAGAAUACUGUUUAAAGUAUAUUCCUAUAAAAGGUUAACAGGGCUUUAGAAAAGCAGAAACAGCUGGUCUGUUUACAUUCAUGAUUGUAAUUUUAUAUAUCUGUACAUGCUGUCAUUUGUUGUAUUUUCAAAUGAAAAGAAGUUGCAACAGAACCAAUUCUAUGAAAUUAACUGUUUCAUCACUGAAUGUAUGGGCAUAACCCCAUAUAGAAAAUAGGCAUUAUCACCGAUCUUUUAAUCAUGCCUACUUGUGGACAAUGUUUAAAGAUAAUAAUCAGCAUUAUCAGAUCUCCCAAAAACUGGAACUGUGGUUUUUUAAAAAAUUCAGGUUUGUCAACAUCUAUAUAUUAAUUGUCUUUUGACUUACCUUAUGUAUCCUGUUCAGUUAUUGAAUGGUUAAUAUAUUUUCAGUCUUUGCAGUAACUCUGUAAUUUAUGAAUGGCAAUAUUUUCCUUUAUGCUGCAAGAGGCCUGGAUUCAGUGCCUUUAUAAGAAUAAAAAUACUUCUCAUUCAGUAAUUUUCCAUAAAAGUGUAAUUGCUUAUAAAGCUUGCCAUGGCAUUGCUGUGCAUAUUAUAUGGGAUUAUAUAAGCAAUUAUUAAGAUACCAAAUAUAUGAUGGGUUCACAAUUCUCAUUGCAUUCAUCUUCUAAAAUACAAGUUUUUAAUAUGGACAAUGUUUGUCUUGCUCACCUAUGAAUGUAUAUGUUAUAUCUUUUUUCUAUACAAAAUGUUGUUUAAUUAUGUGUUAACAUUCCAGUCAACCAAAGCAUUGGCAUAAAAAUUGAACGUGCUCUUGAAUAAAAGAGAGUCUGCAAAAAAGCAGCAUCCAUUC